AUAUACUAUGACGUUUUUUUGAUAUUUUUAUGCCUUACUAUACUAUGACGUUUUUUGACAUUUUUAUGUCUUACUAUACUGUGACAUUUUUUGGAUAUUUUUAUGCCUUAUCAUACUAUGAUGUUUUUUGGAUAUUUUUAUGUCUUACUAUACUAUGACGUUUUUUGAUGUUUUUUCGCCUUACUAUACUAUGACGUUUUUUGAUGUUUUUUCGCCUUACUAUACUAUGACGUUUUUUGAUGUUUUUUCGCCUUGCUAUACUAUGACGUUUUUGGAUAUUUUUAUGCCUGAUUAUACAAUGAGGUUUUUUGAUGUUUUUUCGCCUUAUUAUAUUAUAACGUAUUUGGAUAUUUUUAGGCCUUAUUAUACUAUGACGUUUUUUCGCCUUACUAUACUGUGACGUUUUUGGAUAUUUUUAUGCCUUACUAUACUAUGAAGGUUUUUGACAUUUUAAUGCCUUAUUAUACUAUGACGUUUUUUGAUGUUUUUUCGCCUUAUUAUACUAUGACGUUUUUGGAUAUUUUUAUGCCUUAUUAUAUUAUGACGUUUUUGGAUAUUUUUAUGCCUUAUUAUACAAUGACGUUUUUUGACGUUUUUUCGCCUUAUUAUAUUAUGACGUAUUUGGAUAUUUUUAGGCCUUAUUAUACUAUGACGUUUUUUCGCCUUACUAUACUGUGACGUUUUUGGAUAUUUUUAUGCCUUACUAUACUAUGACGUUUUUUGACAUUUUUAUGUCUUACUAUACUAUGACGUUUUUUGAUGUUUUUUCGCCUUACUAUACUAUGACGUUUUUUGAUGUUUUUUCGCCUUACUAUACUAUGACGUUUUUUGAUGUUUUUUCGCCUUGCUAUACUAUGACGUUUUUGGAUAUUUUUAUGCCUGAUUAUACAAUGAGGUUUUUUGAUGUUUUUUCGCCUUAUUAUAUUAUGACGUAUUUGGAUAUUUUUAGGCCUUAUUAUACUAUGACGUUCUUUCGCCUUACUAUACUGUGACGUUUUUGGAUAUUUUUAUGCCUUACUAUACUAUGACGUUUUUUGACAUUUUUAUGUCUUACUAUACUAUGACGUUUUUUGAUGUUUUUUCGCCUUACUAUACUAUGAUGUUUUUUGAUAUUUUUAUGCCUUACUAUACUAUGACGUUUUUUGAUGUUUUUUCGCCUUACUAUACUAUGACGUUUUUUUGAUAUUUUUAUGCCUUACUAUACUAUGACGUUUUUUGACAUUUUUAUGUCUUACUAUACUGUGACAUUUUUUGGAUAUUUUUAUGCCUUAUCAUACUAUGAUGUUUUUUGGAUAUUUUUAUGUCUUACUAUACUAUGACAUUCCAUACCUGGCUGGACUAUGAUGGUUUUAACAUUUUUAUGCCUCCUUAUACGGUGAUCCAUUUUUUUAGGAACUAAGGUGGUACAGUGGUUAGAGUUGUUACCUUGCAGUCAAAAGGUCAUGAGUUUGAAGCCCAGUCCUGACCCCUUUCUGUGUGGAGUGUCUAUGUUCUCCCUCUGAUGUUGGCAUGCCUUACUAUUCUGUGCGGUUUUUCACCUUUCUAUACUAUGACGUUUUUUGACAUUUUUAUGCCUUAUUAUACUAUGAUUUUUUCAUGAAUUUCUAUGAUUUCUUGUGCCUUACUGUACAAUGAUAUUUUAUGCCUUACUAUAAUUUGAAGUUUUUUGACAUUUUUUCGCCUUAUUAUACUAUGACGUUUUUUGGAUAUUUUUAUGCCUUACUAUACUAUGACGUUUUUUGAUGUUUUUAUGUCUUACUAUACUGUGACAUUUUUUGGAUAUUUUUAUGCCUUAUUAUACUAUGAUGUUUUUUGGAUAUUUUUAUGUCUUACUAUACUAUGACAUUCCAUACCUGGCUGGACUAUGAUGGUUUUAACAUUUUUAUUCCUCCUUAUACGGUAAUCCAUUUUUUUAGGAAUUAAGGUGGUACAGUGGUUAGAGUUGUUACCUUGCAGUCAAAAGGUCAUGAGUUUGAAGCCCAGUCCUGACCCCUUUCUGUGUGGAGUGUCUAUGUUCUCCCUCUGAUGUUGGCAUGCCUUACUAUUCUGUGCGGUUUUUCACCUUUCUAUACUAUGACAUUUUUUGAUGUUUUUUCGCCUUACUAUACUAUGACGAUUUUUGACAUUUUUUCGCCUUAUUAUACUAUGACGUUUUUUGAUGUUUUUUCACAUUACUAUACUGUGACGUGUUUGGAUAUUUCAAUGUCUUACUAUACCAUGAUGUUUUUUGACAUUUUUAUGCCUUACUAUACUAUGACGUUUUUUGACAUUUUUUCACCUUACUAUACUAUGAUGAUUUUUGACAUUUUUUCGCCUUACUAUACUAUGACGUUUUUUUAUGUUUUGUCACCUUGCUAUACUAGGACGUUUUUUGACAUUUUUUCACCUUACUAUACUAUGAUGAUUUUAGACAUUUUUUCGCCUUACUAUACUAUGACAUUUUUUGACACUUUUUUGCCUUACUAUACUAUGACGUUUUUUGACAUUUUUAUGCCUUAUUGUACUAUGAUGUUUUUUGGAUAUUUUUAUGUCUUACUAUACUAUGACAUUCCAUACCUGGCUGGACUAUGAUGGUUUUAACAUUUUUAUGGCUGAUUAUAUAUAUAGAGUUGUUACCUUGCAGUCAAAAGGUCAUGAGUUUGAAGCCCAGUCCUGACCCCUUUCUGUGUGGAGUGUCUAUGUUCUCCCUCUGAUGUUGGCAUGCCUUACUAUUCUGUGCGGUUUUUCACCUUUCUAUACUAUGACGUUUUUUGACAUUUUUAUGCCUUAUUAUACUAUGAUUUUUUCAUGAAUUUCUAUGAUUUCUUGUGCCUUACUGUACAAUGAUAUUUUAUGCCUUACUAUAAUUUGAAGUUUUUUGACAUUUUUAUGCCUUACUAUACUAUGACGUUUUUUGAAAUUUUUUUUCUUACUAUACUAUGAAGUUUUUUGAUGUUUUUUUGCCUUACUAUACUAUGAUGUUUUUGGAUAUUUCAAUGUGUUACUAUACUAUGACGUUUUUGGAUAUUUUAAUGUCUUACUAUACCAUGAUGUUUUUGGAUAUUUUUAAGCCUUACUAUACUAUGACAUUUUUUGACAUUUUUAAGCCUUACUAUACUAUGACAUUUUUUGACAUUUUUAUGCCUUACUAUACUAUGACGUUUUAUGAUGUUUUUUCGCAUUACUAUACUAUGAAGUUUUAUGAUGUUUUUUUCGCAUUACUAUACUGUGACGUGUUUGGAUAUUUCAAUGUCUUACUAUACUAUGACGUUUUUGGAUAUUUUAAUGUUUUACUAUACCAUGAUGUUUUUUGACAUUUUUAUGCCUUACUAUACUAUGACGUUUUUUUACAUUUUUAUGCCUUAUUAUACUAUGAUUUUUUCAUGACUUUCUAUGAUUUCUUGUGCCUUACUGUGCAAUGAUAUUUUAUGCAUUACUAUAAUUUGAAGUUUUUUGAUAUUUUUAUGCCUUAAUAUACUAUGACGUUUUUGGAUAUUUUAAUGUAUUACUAUACUAUGACAUUUUUUUACAUUUUUUUCACCUUACUAUACUAUGACGUUAUUUGAUGUUUUUUUGCCUUACUAUACUAUGAUGUUUUUGGAUAUUUCUAUGCUUUACUAUACUAUGACGUUUUUUGACAUUUUUUGCCUUACUAUACUAUGACGUUUUUUGAUGUUUUUUCUCCUUACUAUAGUAUGACGUUUUUGGAUAUUUCAAUGUCUUACUAUACCAUGAUGUUUUUGGAUAUUUUUUCGCAUUACUAUACUGUGACGUGUUUGGAUAUUUCAAUGUGUUAUUAUACUUUGACGUUUUUGGAUAUUUUUAGGCCUUAUUAUACUGUGACGUUUUUUGACAUUUUUAUGCCUUAUUAUACUAUGAUUUUUUCAUGUCUUUCUAUGAUUUCUUGUGCCUUACUGUACAAUGAUAUUUUAUGCCUUACUAUAAUUCGAAGUUUUUGGAUAUUUUAAUGUCUUACUAUACUAUGACGUUUUUUGAUGGUCUUAUACCUUACUAUAAGAUUAUCUGUUUAUGAGGUGUUGUGGUUGUGCAGUGGUUGGAGGUGUUACCUUUCAGUCUGAAGCUUUUGGAUUUGAAAGUUGGCCCUGCUGCUGUGUGGAGUUGCAUGUACUCUCUCUUUUUUGAUGUUUUUAUGACUAACUAUGACGUUUUAUGCCUUAUAAUACUAUGACAUUUUUAUGCCUCAUUAUAAUAUGGCGUUUGUAUGCCUUAAUACACUAUUACUUGAUACUAUGAUAUAUACAUGACAUAUAUGCCCCUAUAUUAAGAGAUAUGUUACCAUCACCUAUAAGAGAAUAUAUUAUUAUCACAUAUAUACAUCCCCUGGAUAAAUGAAGAUGUAUGUUCAUAACAUACAUGAAAUACCAAUAGUAAAUUGCAAACUUAUUAAAAUUUCAUAUGUUUGUAUAUCAUUUUCUUAUCAAAUUUACACAUAUAUGUCUAUCUUUAAAUGUACAUAUUUAAUAUGAAAACAUACUGAUAAGCUUUGGGAUGGAUAUAUAUUCAUCUAAUAUAUGUGUAUAAUAUAAGCAUACAUACCUAAACAUACAUGUUUCUAUUAGCUAUCCAUAUAUGUAAAUAUACUAUACUGUUCCAAUUUGUAACAGGUUCCAUAUAUACUUUUUACAUAGGCUACUGUAUAUACAUAUAUGAUUUUACUUCAUAUGUACAUAUAUUUCAUAUAUGGAAAUUCAAUACAUAUACACAUUUGUGUAUGGGCAUUUCUGAAUAUAAAAUGUUCAGAUCUUAUUUGACAAUAAACCGUUUGGUUGACGGCAUUAAAUAAACAAUCUCUUUGCUUUUGGAGGGGUGGCGGGGUUGUUGUGUCCCUACCAAUGUUGAGACCAAACCUUCGCCCUUGGUACAGUGCCCUAUAUUUAAUCCAUUAUACUGUAUAAUCAGAGUGGGAUCUGCUGGUGGCAUUUAGAGCUGCACAACUGAACUGUUUGUACUAGAUAAUGGACCCACACAUUCUCACUGAAAAUCACAGGAAGGGCACCCGGGUGGUGGAGGGAGGGAGGGACUGUCUCCACCUCACAACGUCUCCAACUCACGUUACCGAGUUAUACAGAAGUGAUUGAGUCAGCAUACAGCCAACCUGAGCCUGCCUCCUCAUCCAAAGGUGAUAAACCUCAGCUCAGAGUCCCAUUAUGCUCUUUCAUCAACAUUUCACAUCAUGCUGAAUUUCCUUUACGCACCACCACCUGUGCGCUGAUUCAUAAAUGGGAAGGUGCAGUGGCGUGUCGCAGCUACGCCCGGUCGGUCGUUCGGUGCGGUGAGUGACGGCGGCAGCUGCGGAGCUGGAAGAAAAAUCUUCUCAUGGGACUUCGUGGUUGUGCAGCGCCUGAUCCGGAGGCAACGUGAGGAGCGCACAUACCUCUAGAAAAACGGGCGACAACAAGACUGUCCCUCCUGCGCCCGACAGCUGCGGAGGAGCAGAGACCGGUGAGCACCGACCCGUAAGAAAAGGGGCAGCUGGAGAGAGGUAGCACGGCAGAUACACCUCUUCAAAGCCAAACGCCUGUAGGUGCGUAGUAUGGGAGCACUAUGUUGUCCAGGAAAGGAAUCAUUCCUGAAGAUUACUUGCUUACACGUUUGGCUGAAGAUGUCCUGCAGCCCAAGUUCAAGGCCAAACCGGGGAAAGCUCGGUUCGUUGCCAAGAAUGGCACCUGCAAUGUGGCACACACCAACAUCCGUGAACAGGGCCGAUUCUUGCAGGACGUCUUCACCACUCUCGUGGAUUUAAAAUGGCUCCACACGAUCAUCAUUUUCACCAUGUCCUUCUUGUGCAGCUGGCUUCUUUUCGGGAUGAUCUGGUGGCUCGUUGCCUUUGCGCACGGCGACUUAGACCAAAGAGGAGACGACUUUGUCCCGUGCGUAACGGACAUUCACUCCUUCUCCUCCGCCUUCCUCUUCUCUAUCGAGGUCCAGGUGACCAUCGGCUUUGGGGGCCGGAUGAUCACGGAGGAGUGUGUCUCCGCCAUCAUCAUCCUGAUCGUGCAAAACAUCGUGGGUCUGGUCAUUAACGCCAUCAUGCUCGGCUGCAUCUUCAUGAAAACUGCGCAGGCCCACCGGCGCGCAGAGACGCUCAUUUUCAGCAAGCACGCAGUCAUCUCCGUCCGCAACAACAAACUGUGCUUCAUGAUCCGCAUCGGGGAUCUGAGGAAAAGCAUGAUCAUCAGCGCCACCGUACGGAUGCAGGUGGUCAGGAAAACCACAACCGAGGAGGGCGAGGUGGUGCCUCUAGACCAGAUCGACAUCCACAUGGACAACCCGGUGGGCACAAACGGCGUCUUCCUGGUGUCCCCCCUCAUCAUAUGUCACGUGAUCGACAAGGACAGCCCCCUGUAUAACCUUUCAGCCUUUGACCUGCAGCACGAGGACAUCGAGGUGAUCGUGGUGCUGGAGGGAGUCGUGGAGACUACGGGCAUCACCACGCAAGCCAGGACCUCGUACGUGUCGGAGGAGAUCCUCUGGGGGCAACGUUUCGUUCCCACGGUCUCCGAGGAGGACGGCAUGUACGCGGUGGACUACUCCAAGUUCGGUAACACCAUAAAGGUCCCGACACCGUGCUGCAGCGCCAAGAAACUGGAUGCGGCAGGUGGCAUCGCUCAGUUCAAGCUGAACGAGGGCGUCACCUUGCGGGCGUCUGUGAGAAGGCGGCGGUCCGCGGUGGUCCGCAGGACCAGGCUGGAGAGCUAGCAAACUGAUGAUCCACGUGAACCACGUCUGCCAGCACUUUGUAUGAUAAUUGAUUAAGUACGGGGUUAAUUAAAUAACAGAAUCAUAUUUAUUUUAUGACAAAUAUAUGGCACGAUAUGGAUUACCUGUAAUCAAUGAUCCAUAUCACGUUUCUCCAUGCACACAUCAUGGUUUUUACUCAGGGUCAGUGUGAAAACACACAAAGGUUUAUGAGAUGUGGCUGUUAGACAACCUGAAGAGAUCUGGAGUCCAGGGUGAAGAGAAAAUGUCUAGUUUGGAUGUAUUUUAUCCUUUUUUCAAUUAAGAGUGACUGCAUGUAUCUAAAAUUAAUAAAGGCGAUUGCUUCAUGUAAAGUGCGUUGUGGAUGGAGAGGCCAAAUAAUGUGACUUUAUGAGACAGACUGGUUUGUUUAGUGUUGCAUUUCCAUGCAUAGGCAUAGCUGGACUGAUUCUGGAUUUUUGAAGCCAGUGUCGAAAUUAAAAAAAAAAAUCAAUGAUCCAUUGGAUACUUUGAUAAGAAUCCUGUAAUUAUACCUAAACACUGUGAGACAACUUACAGAUGGAAAAUUUGUAAAUGCUGUGGUGAAUAAACUGGAAUGAUGUCACUACUUCUAAAUUA